GAUCUGCUAUGAGGUUUUGGAGCUUAUUACUGCUAUGUGGUUUUGUGGUUUCUUUAAAAGAAAUCGGAGCAAAUGAAGAUGAGUUCCAAUGCCCAGAAGAAUAUCGCUAUCAUAUUGAACAGAGUAUAAAAAUAUCGAGUCCUUUUUAUGGCAAAGAAAAAGAAUACAGAUCCGGCUUACGGUGCCAAUAUAGAAUAACAGCGCCUGAGAGAUAUAGAAUAAAAGUCGUUUUUGAAGACUUCGACUUAAACCCAUCAGAUUUCUGCGAAGAGGAUCAACUGCGGUUUCUCGAUGCAAGCACGCUUGCCGGACCGUCAAUUUUUUGUGGCAACACACCUCCUAAAACAUUUUUAACAGGUGGAAACGAAUUAAGUUUUUCAUUCAAAACUGGUUAUGUCUUUUCAUCUGGCCGCAGAGGAUUCAGUCUACAAGCUAUAGCAACUCAGAAUGAUUCAUUAUGUGAGAAGGGAUUCACCCAGUGCGGAAAUCGAAACUGCUAUGACAGCAGCAAGAAAUGUAAUGGCAUUGAUGAUUGCGGGGAUGGCACAGAUGAAGAAGAUUGUGGGUUGCCAAUUAGUUCAACGGAAUGUGGAAAACCUCCUAUUACACCAAAUACUGACAACUCUGCUCCCGACCGCAUAGUUGGUGGAGAGGUUGCGAAGCCCCACAGUUGGCCGUGGCAAGUAUCUUUCAGAGUGAAGAAUAUGGAUCAUUCCCAUUCAUGCGGGGGUACUGUUCUUAAUUCUUUGUGGGUUCUAUCUGCAGCUCAUUGUUUUGCGGGAAUUCCUUACCCAGAUUUUUUGGAAGUACACUUUGGAAGCCACAGUAAGAGAGAAAAUAAUAGCCCCUUUUACCAAAUUAGAAAAGCAGUAAAAAUAAUCGCCUACCCAGAUUUUGAAGGAUUAGCAGUAAGGAACUAUUCGAUGCAUGAUGACGUCGCUUUGGUUAAGUUGAACGCGCCAAUCCUAUUCACUGAUGGAGUUCAACCGGCAUGUUUACCGGAACAAGGAACGGAGUUAAAUAUCGGAGAUGCAUGUUUUACUUCUGGAUGGGGUGAAACUAGAGGUUCCGGAUCUAACGAGCUUUUGAAGCAAACGAAGCAGGUGGUGGUGACAGAAAAAGAAUGUGAUUAUGAAGAAUACAAACCAGCAACGCAAAUAUGCCUCCAUAAUUACAAAAACACUCCUUGCAGGGGUGACAGUGGGGGUCCUCUCGUCUGCAAGCGGGAUGAUGGUAGAUGGUACGUUUUUGGAGCAACCAGCUUGGCUACCCGUCUGAAUGGGGAGACAAUCCUUUGUGCAACACCUGAUGAUAAAACAAUCUUCGCAAAAAUAUCCGACAAAGCUGAUUGGAUCAAGACUGCCAUUGACAUGUACACUUAACUUGGUUGUUUUAAGCACAGAAUAAAGCUGUAAAAUUAGCCUCUUGUGCGCUCAUAACUAUUUUGUUCUUGUAAAACAUUAAA